AAGAGCGGGGCUCCGUUUACGCCUUCAACGCAGGUUAGGGCCUACUUGAAACUCGCAACAUGUAUAAAGUACUGCGAAAAAGCCAGGAGAAAUGUCAGAAAAGUGUCUCAAGCUUUCAAAAGUUUGUCUUUCUGCUAGCUGCAGUGAUGUCAACAGUGUUUCGUGUUUGUUGUUUUCAGCAACUCAGCCUGAUCGUUGUAGGAACAGGGUUUCUAUUUUCGUUCGUGUUUCACUGGGGCACCGUUGAACCUGCGUCUUCAGUAGGGACUCGCAGAGAGGAGCAGGAGCAAGAAUCAAUGGACGAGCAGUCUUCUGAACAAAGUCUCUGUGUUGACAUAGUGGAAAGAGAAGCAGUGCUACACAAAGCCAAAACAUGGCGGCAGUGGUUCAAAGAUCCUCGUUUUUACGCGAUGGGUGUUGUUUACACGUGUACACGUAUCACAGUAAAUGUUUCCCAAUCGUAUUUUCCAUUUUAUCUGACGGAGACGCUUCACUUUCAGAAGGAGGCCAUUGCAUAUUUCCCCCUAGUCAUACUGAUCAGCGGUGCUUUUGCAAGUGUCAUUGUCAAGAAAAUCAGCAAGAGCCUGGGUACCAAGUGGACCUUUUGUAUAGCCUGCAUAGUUGUCCUUGGUGCAUGCGCGUGGUUCUAUGUUCAGACUGUUUCUGGUCGUGAUGGUGUGUACGCGGCCGCGUUCAUUAUGGGCUGCGGUAAUUCUGUCAUGCUCGUGACUGUGUUGUCCAUGACCGCUGACAUGAUUGGAAUCGACAAGGCCUCUGGAGGUUUCGUUUACUCUGCUAUGGGUUUCUUGGAUAAAGGAUUCGUCGGAGUGGUUGUCCUUAUCAUACAAACGUUCUACCCCGAUAGCCCUGAAGGAGUGAUGUGCGAGGAGUGUAACAGUUAUGUACGUCUCGUAUUUACCUUGGCACCUGGGAUAUCAAUGUGA